ACCAUUCAUAGAUAACGUGCUAAAACCAAUCAUCAUAAUUGAUCAUUUGUUGACAACUCAACGCAACAGUUAAUCCAUAAAUUUUUUUUCCCGAUCAACGAUUAUAUUAUCAAAAUGGAUAAACUACGGCGUGUAUUGAACGGCAAUGAUGCAAACGAUGAUGAAAGCGAAGGCUUUGCUCAACUACCGAUUGGUAGUUCCUCUUCGUUGGAUUGGUCGACCCGAAUCAAAGGUUUUAUCAUCUGUUUUGUACUUGGUUUCAUAAUGUCGAUAAUCGGCACCGCUCUUAUACCAUUACCUCGUGGUUUGGCAUUGUUCGCCCUGUUCUAUACGAUCGGUAAUGGCUGUAGCAUUGCUAGCACUAUGUUCCUGAUGGGACCUUGGCGACAAAUGAAAAAGAUGUUUAGCGAAAAACGAGUCAUAUCAACUGCUUUGGUCAUUUUUUUCAUGGUCCUUACAUUGUUGGCUGCUUUGGUGUGGAAAAAAUCAUUAUUGGCCAUAAUCUUUUGUUGUUUGCAAUUUUUCGCUUAUAUCUGGUAUUCAAUAUCAUAUAUACCGUAUGCACAGGAAUCGGUAACCAAAGCUGUCAUGUCAUGCAUCUAAUCAUCUAAUUCGAUAAUUUUACAUUUCUUUCAAUUUCAAUAUUUACAAUUAUUGUACAGUUUAAUAUAAUUUUUGGGUCAACAACAAUUCCUUAAUUAAUUUGAAUCAUGCUAAUAAUAAU